ACUAUGAAAUAUGUCACUCAAAACACUAAUAUCAAAGUACCAGCGGUAUAUGAUUGGAAUGGUACUGCGCAGAAUCCCAUAAAAACCCCUUACAUUUUCAUGGAACGGCUUCCUGGACAACAUUUAUAUAUAAAGUUUGGGAUGAAGAUUGGUUGUCUUUACAUGGAUGAACAAACUUCAAGUUCAGCGACGUCAACUUUCCAAAUAGGACCUGUUGUGAAUUAUUUAUUUCACUCCAAAGGAAGAGACUCCAUUCCUAGUUCCACUGGUCCUUUUAAAAGCUUGAAAGAGUUGUAUGGCACUUUGAUUCAAAAAGAAAAGGAAUUCUUCGAAAUUCAUGGUGCUCAAAAACUACUACAUUUAGAAGGAAUAAAAAUAGAUCACGGAAUGGAAGUAACUAGAGUGAAAAAUCCAAUAAAGAAAUUAGGCUUACUUCAAUCCAAGCUAUCCAAUAUUUUUGAUGAAUUGGUAGAUCAAAAACCCUUUACUCUUAUCCACAAUGAUUUCGAUGCACAAAACAUGCUUGUUGAACGUUCUUCAACUAAUGAUAUCAAAAUUGUAGGCAUUAUUGAUUGGGAGUUUUCACGUACAGGUACUUUAUGGGAUUUAUGCAAAUAUCCAGUUUGGAUCCAAGAAAUAGAUGAGCUGCCCAUCAGUGAUGCAAAUUUGAAGGAGAAUCAUGAAAAACAAAAUCUAAGAGACUUUUUUUAUGAUGAGAUGGUAGUAAAAUUGAGGAACGGAGAGGGCUUAUUAGUACAUUUCUUUUAUAAUUAUGGGUCAGAGGCAAAAGCCAAUAUUAAACUUGCUGACCUUAUUAUGCGGUUAUUUUGGGGUCCAAGCCUUACUAAAGUUCAAAUUCCAUCUGAAAGAACUAUCAAUUCAUAUUUAUUAUCAGCAGAUAGAUUAUCAGACACAGAGAUGAAGGUUCCUGAUCAUUACGUAGCAUCAGUAUAUUGUGAACUUAAAUCUAGAGAUUAUAAUUUUUCUUGGCAACAAGCUUCUGUUAUAGCAUUUCACAUGCAGAAUAAUGAAUCAAAAAAUUCGGCUAGUGAUGUGAACAAAGUGAGUUAG